UCUUUCAUUUCUCUCUGAUUCUUUUUCUUUUUUGGUUUGUUUGUGCUGUCUCUGAGAUUCGAAUCAUUUUUGUCAUCAUGUAAUCCAAUUUAUGAUCACAUCACAUAUGUAGGAUUUUUUUCGGUCAAUAUUGUGGAAUCAUGCCCAUAAUUUCAAAGCCUUGAUUGCUGUAGUUUUUGGGUCCAAUUCCUUUUCUUUGAAAGCUUAUCUAAAAUGCGAUUACUUGGUUGCAUGUUUUGGGUAAUCUCAGUUGUGGAAACCAAGGAUGGAGCUGUUUCUGUGGCUUCUGCAUUUGCUGGAUAUCAAGAAGCUGUACAGGAUAGAGACCACAAAUUCUUGACAAAGGCAGUCGAAGAAGCUUAUAGAGGGGUAGACUGUGGAGAUGGAGGCCCUUUUGGUGCGGUUGUUGUUCGAAAUGAUGAAGUGGUUGUGAGUUGUCACAACUUGGUCUUGAAGAACACAGAUCCAACUGCCCAUGCAGAAGUCACUGCGAUAAGAGAGGCAUGUAAAAAGCUCCAGCAAAUUGAGCUUUCAGACUGUGAAAUUUACGCCUCUUGUGAGCCUUGCCCCAUGUGCUUCGGUGCUAUCCAUCUUUCGCGAAUUAAGAGGUUGGUUUAUGGGGCCAAGGCUGAAGCAGCUAUUGCUAUUGGGUUUGAUGAUUUUAUUGCGGAUGCAUUAAGAGGCACUGGUUUCUAUCAGAAGGCUCAGUUGGAGAUUAAAAGAGCAGAUGGUAAUGGGGCUAUCAUUGCAGAACAGGUCUUUGAGAAGACAAAGGAAAAAUUCCAAAUGUAUUGAAUUCUUCAGUUUCCUCUUUACUUUAUUUGGCACUAACCAUUCAUUCAUUCUGAAUGGCUUCAUUUUCAAUCCAUUUGAUUACAAAACUGCUUAUACACUAUCAUGCUCAGUGUUGUUGAUCAUAUGCUUCAUUUCUGAUGUUGUAUAUGCGUGGUAGAUCCUCUUAACAGAGAUAUACACUUCAUCUACUCUGUUGUAGUUGUUAUCUACAUACAUCCACAAUAAAUACAUUUUUCACAAA